AUGCCGCAGUCUCAGGAUUUGCUCUCGGCCUCCUUAGAAGCCCCGGCUCUUACUUACGACGUCCACCUCAUUAUAACUGUUUCAGGAAUGAAUAGGGAAACCAGUCUAACCAGCUCUCCCUCAGGGCGCAGCAGAGCCGAAGGGGCGGCCCCGCGCACGCCGCGGCCGGGAGGAGGCCGAGCCCCGCCGAGCUGCGCGCCGAGCUGCCCGCCGAGCUGCCCGCCGAGCUGCCUGCCGAGCGUCACGGAGACAGCGAAGCGCCGGAAGGCGAGGGGACCAGGCCGUUUCCGGGGAGGGGAGCGCGCAUGCGUAGGCGCCGCGCUGUGGCCGUUUGCGGGCAAGGCGAACCCGGAAGUGCGGGACCUGAGGGAUUUCCGGCUGCGGCGGGGCGACGACUGGUGGGUGAUGGAGGCGGGCGCAGCAGCAGAAGAUGGUCGGGACGGCCCCCGGGAGCGACUGCGCUUGGGCGAAGCCGGGAGGCAGCCGCAGAACCACGAAGUGCGGCCUCAAUCCGCAGCCGACCGGUUUCCGAAACAUUCCUACUGGCUGGAUCUGUGGCUCUUCAUCCUCCUCGACGUGGUGUUGUUCGUCUUCGUGUAUCUUUUACCGUAGUGAGUACUCGGAACGCGGAGUUGAACGGGUAGGGAGCCGACCACCACGGUGUGGGCGUUGGCCAGAAUGGUUUGCCUGAUGUCUAGAUUAAGAAGUUGGUUCCUGGAGUGGAUUCUGAGAAUGACUACAAACCUCUUGAACAAAGAAGACAGGAUUGUGCAACAGAAUCUCAAACUGAGGGACUUUUCUUUCAUUUCAUUUUACUCUUAUUAUUCCUUUUGGGGACUAUAUUAAAUGGGUAAUGAUCUCACCCAUUCAUAGCUAAAUUCUUAAAACUAGACUCUCUGAUUCAUGUUUAAAAACUUUUCAAAAUCUGAUGGCUUUACAGGGGCUGAAUAUUAAAACAUUUCUAUGUAAAGGUUUAGUGUAUUCAUUAAGAAAUAUAGUAAUGUCUUGCCUUUAACAUUUUAAGGAUUAGCCAGAUUAGUAUAAUACAAAAAUGUAAAAUAUUAAAGUGAAAUAUUUAAAAAUAAAUUACUCAAAAGGGAAGGAUUUUGAGAAAAAGGAGUUAAGAGCUAUACAGAAAAUAUAGGCCCACAAUGUCCUAGCCGUAAGUACCAGUUUUUUAGAUUAAGUGGGCCUCUGUGAUGGCUGCCAUAUUGUUAAUAAUCUCAGAGAAAGUAUAUAAAUAUAAUAUCCAACAUGGGAAAUCUAGUGUGCAUGUCCUCUUACCUUUGUUUUCUUUUCAGUUCUUGAACUCCCCUAAAAUAAGAAUAUGUCUGAAACCUAUUUAUUGUGAUUGCAUUAAGAAUGCUUGUGGCCAAAAUGUGUUUUUUUAUAUAAUGGUUAUACCUUAAAUACUUCAGCAGUCAUUUCAACAAAUAUUUGAGCACUUACUCUGGGCCAGGUACAGUACUGAGCAAAAAAGACAAAAAUCCUUGCCUUUAUGGAGCUUACAUUCUUUCUCUAAAUGUUAGUAAGAAUUUACAUUCUAGGAGUGAUCAACUAGUGUUUAAUCAGAAAGUUCACACUCCCAAAGCAGCUACUAAAAGCCGUCAGAAGCUAUUCCUAUUACAUAACAGAUACUCCUUUAAGUAACAGAUGUUAGAAAUGGGCUCUUUUUGAAAUUGGUGACAUUUGAUACAUGUGAAUUGCCUAAAUAUUUUGAAGAUAUUCCCCUUACUUAGAAACAGGACAUAGAUCUGGUAAACUUUAUAUUCUUUCCCUCUUAGAAUGGCAUUGACAGUGAAAUGUGGAACUGAUUUUGGUAGAUUUUAAUUGCCUGUUGCCCACUACAAGGUAACAGUAAUGCCUAUGGGGUAUUGUUGCAUCUGUCUGGAGUGAACCUUUUAUGCAAAAAUUGAAGCACCCAAAGAAACACAAAACUGAAAUUUCAUUGAGUAUACCAAACAGUGCAAACUUUUUUUGCUGAGUGCUAAUAAUUUUGUCCAAUAAAUGUUUAUUGCCUUGCUAAA